AUGUGGAAAAUUUGCAAUAUUUUGAGACCAUCGUGUCUUCUUCGGACAAGCUUUCGUCUCCAGGGCGACAAUGACCACGAGAGUGGAGUCAAGCUGGAUUUUGUCGGCUCUUCUUCGGAGGAGGGACCGGUUGGCCGUGAGCUAAUCCUGCAAACAGGUCCAUCCGGACUGAAUUGUCUGUUUGUUUACUUCAUACGUUGGUCGGUCGGUCGGUCGGUCGGUCGGUCGGUCAGUCAGUCGGUUGAGGAGGAGCUGAAGCCUGGGCGUCCGGACACGUAA